AUGAGUUUGAGCAAACCAACAACCCCUGUGUCAUCACCAAAAGCACAAAAAGCACUUCCAAUUGUCGUACAAGAACCACCUCCACAACCAACCACUCCUCCAUCACCACAAAAACCUCAAACAACAUUUUUCCAUCGACAAACUAAACGACUGUCAUCUUCAUUUUUAAGUACCCCUGACCAGGAACAACAACAACAACAACAACAGGUGUCAGGGGUAAAAGAUAAAGAAUCAAAUUUGGAUUCUCAUGUACCAUCCCUACCGUAUACGCCAUCGAGUAAACGUCGAAGUUAUGGGAUAUUUGAAUCACCAGUGGGUAAAUCUCCUUAUGGGGUAGCAUUAAGAACCCCUAGAAAUGAAGAUAAUGAUUCCCCUGAACAACGGCUGAAACGAUAUGGUAUUGUUGAACGAGAUGAUGAUGAUGAUGAUGAUGAUGAAGACCAAGGUCAUAGUGGUUAUACUCCUGUUGGUAGUGGUGGUGGAGGUAAUGAAGAUGAAGAGGCAAGACGAUUGAAAUUACAAAGGACACCACAAUUCCAUUCUGCUAAACGAUUAUAUGAUACUUUAAAUUCUGUAAUGCUUAAUAAUCAGAAUAGUGCUCAUAAUAGGUAUAUGAAUGGGAUUAUAAAUAGUGGGAAUGGACAAUCAAUAAGUGAUAACAGUAAUAACAGCCUAUCUAAUAUUAAUAAAUCACCUAAUUUAAAAUCAAGUCGACAUUCAUGGUCAGCAAAUGUGAAUUUACAAUUUUCACCACCAAGACCACAACUGCAAUUCUCACAACAUAAACUACCACCACCUCCUCCACAACCUAAAUUUACACCAUUAACAUCAAAUGAACAACAAAAUCAAAAUCCAAACCAAAUUCGAGAAAAUCAAAUUCCCCCAUCAUGGUCAUUAUCUUCUACACCAGUGACAACCUCAAUAUCACCAGUAUAUUUGCCACCACAAUCUUCACCAACAAAAUUAAUAAUUGAACCUAAUGAUGAAGAAAUAUCAGCUAAAGAUGCUAUAAGAAAAAUAAUUCAAAAAAACAGACAUUCAGGUGUUAACAAUAAUAAAGAUAAUGAGAGACCUGCUUCUACAUCUACUACUGAUGCUGCUGAUGCUGCAGCUGCUAGGACAUUAAAUUUCAAGAACCGUACUAAGCAUAGUAGGAAUGAUUCUUAUAGUACGAAAGAUGAAACAGAAGCAGCAUUUUCAUUAGUUAAAUUACAUACUGCUGCUGGUGGUGAUGAUGGUGAUGAUACUGAAGAUGAAACCGAGGAUGAUAAAGAAUAA